AUGGAUUUCCUCAAUGAAUCUGAUAAUCCUUAUAUACUAUCUGAUGAGUCAAAGCUGGAACUAAAUAGAAGAGGCGCAAUAUUUAACCAAAUAGUUGGAGAUUGGACAUAUGAAAUUGCUAAAAAUGCAAGCAAAGCUGAAAGAACUAGCUGCAGUAUAAAAUCUUCAACUUUUGUAUAUGGUGAAAUCGAUUUUUAUUCUAUAGGUGAAGUCUUCGAAACUAUAAAAAAUCGAUAUGGAGGGAUUCCAAGUGGCGGAGUAUUUUAUGAUUUAGGAUCCGGAUCUGGAAAAUGUGUGAUAGCAGCUGCUUUGCUGCAUAAUUUUCAAAAAUGUGUUGGUCUGGAAUUACUGCAUAGCUUAUAUGACAUAUCUUUAAAUAUGAAAGAAAAGUAUGAUGAAAUCAUAGGUAGAUCAGAAGCAUGCCACGCUGAAGUAAUUUUCGAGAAUGUCGAUAUGUUUGAGAGAGGAUGGGCUGACGCAGAUUUCAUAUUCGCCAAUUCUACAUGCUACAGCCCAGACAUGAUGAGAAGGAUUUCAGAUUUUCCGGUAAAAAUUGGAACUUGGAUCUUAACCACAAGUUGAGUACUUGAGUCAUCAAAAUGGACUGUGCAUGAGACAAUAACAAAGAAAAUGAGCUGAGGCGAAGCAACAGUCUAUAUUCAACAAAAAAUAUCUAAUUAA